UGGUUAACAGUAUGAUGGCUUUCUUUUAUUUCUUCUUACAUAUUGGGAAUAUCAUGGUGGUCAUAUCAAGAUCAACUUUGCCGAACAUUGAAACGCCUCUCCCACCAAGUACAAGUCAGACAUUGCCUAACAUGGAGACACCAUUUCCGCCUAGUACGGUACAAUAUUUAACAAACAAAGAUACGCCGUUUCCACCAUCAACAGUUCAGCCACUGGGAGUCGUGACCAAUGCCACUGAUUCACCUACAACUACAUAUGUUCCUCCGCCAUGUCCAAAGGAUUUCAUUGGCCAUAGUAACUCAUGCUAUCAUGCUGCACGUGUCAAAGCAACAUGGCCAGAGGCAGCGGCAUAUUGUGAUUCUUUUGGUGCGACUCUGGCAGUGAUUGAAGAUAUUCAAGAACAGUUAUAUUUAGCACAAAUACUAAAGAAUUUACCUAAUAAUGCUGGAAAUAAUGCAUUCUGGGUGGGCGGACAUGAUAUACUGGUAGAGGGAGAAUGGCAAUGGGCGAUAACUCUAGAAAAAGUACAGUACAUGAACUGGGAUGCAGGUCAACCUAAUAACAAUGACAAUAACGAACAUUGCAUGUCGAUGACUGGCAGUAGAGGAUAUAAAUGGGAGGACAAAAAAUGUGAGGAUCACAAUUACUUUAUUUGUGAAACAGACCACAAAACCACUAUGAAUACAAACAUAAUAUUUGGAAGGAAAUAAUUGGACGGUUCAAUCAACCAGUAAUAAAUUCAUGUUUUAAAACUGAUAAUAAAAAA